AUUAUUAUUAUCUUUUAAAAUUGAAAAUGGUUUUUGGAGGGUCUUGCCUUUUAAGUGACACCUAAGUCCGAAUAUUUCACUCUCUCUGGUCUCUACUACGCUCGGUCACUCGCAACCACAACCACCACCACCACCUCUCUCUAGCUUUCUCUCUCUCUCUCUCUCUCUCUCUCCUCUUCCAGAACCUGCAACUCCGUCGGUCAGUUUCUCUCUCCGAUUACCAAAACGAGCCGGAGCAACUGAUUCUGACUUCGGAUCUCCAUUCCGGAUUGUCGGUGAGUGCUCCGACUCUGAUACUCGCUAUCCGAAGCUGCAUUUGCUCCGAGCUUUUAGAGUCUAAAUAUGGACCGACGGAGUUGGCCGUGGAAGAAAAAAUCAUCAUCAGACAAAGCUGCAACCGAGAAGGCCUUAGCAGUAGCAGAGUCUGUGCCGACGCCUCAGGCAGAGAAAGAUAACUACAAGAAACCAAAUUAUGUUCAACUUUCGGUGGAGCAAUAUUCGCAUCUCACUGGUUUGGAGGAUCAAGUGAAGAAUUAUGAGAGUCAAGUGAAGAAUUAUGAGAAUCAAGUGAAUGCAUAUGAGGAUCAAGUGAAGACGUACGAGGACCAAUUUCAGACAUUGGAGGAUCAAAUUACAGAUUUGAACGAACAGCUCUCCACAGCCCACUCAGAGAUCAGUACCCAGGAGGGCCUCGUUAAACAGCAUGCUAAAGUUGCCGAAGAAGCUGUGUCAGGUUGGGAAAAGGCUGAAGCCGAAGCUCUUGCGUUAAAAACUCAUUUAGAAUCUGUGACACUUUUGAAGCUGACUGCUGAAGAUCGGGCAUCCCAUUUAGAUGGUGCUCUCAAAGAGUGCAUGCGACAGAUUAGAAAUCUUAAGGAAGAUCAUGAACAGAAAUUGCAAGAAGUUGUUUUCACCAAAACGAAGCAAUGUGACAAAAUCAAGCAUGAGCUCGAAACAAGGAUAGGUAAUUUAGACCAAGAGCUCCUAAGGUCUGCUGCUGAAAAUGCUGCUAUUUCAAGGUCUUUACAAGAGCGGUCAAACAUGCUAUACAAGAUCAAUGAAGAAAAGUCACAAGCUGAGGCAGAAAUUGAGCGUUUCAAGAGCAACAUUGAAUCUUGUGAAAGGGAAAUAAACUCUCUGAAAUAUGAACUUCAUAUUGCUUCCAAGGAGCUGGAAAUUCGUACAGAGGAAAAGAACAUGAGCGUGAGGUCUGCAGAUGCGGCCAACAAGCAGCAUAUGGAGGGUGUGAAAAAAAUAACUAAGCUAGAAGCAGAGUGCCAAAGACUACGUGGUCUUGUGCGGAAGAAGUUGCCUGGUCCUGCUGCACUUGCCCAAAUGAAGCUUGAGGUUGAGAGUUUAGGCCGAGAUUAUGGAGAAACUCGGUUGAAGAGAUCUCCUGUUAAGGCUUCUAGUCCACAUAUGUCCCAGGUGACUGAGUUUUCCCUUGACAAUGUACAGAAGUUUCAGAAGGAGAAUGAAUUUCUGACAGAACGGUUAUUAGCAAUGGAAGAAGAAACAAAAAUGCUUAAAGAAGCUUUGUCAAAACGUAACAGCGAAUUGCAGGUUUCUAGGAGUAUUUGUGCGAAGACAGUCAGCAAGCUUCAAGCAUUAGAAGCACAGCUUCAAAUCAGUGGUCAACAGAAAGGUUCCCCAACAUCUGUUGUUCACAUCACCACUGAAGGUUCCUUGAGUCAGAAUGAAAGCAAUCCACCAAGUUUCACCUCCAUGUCUGAAGAUGGAAAUGAUGAUGACAGAAGCUGUGCUGAGUCUUGGGGCACAACAUUGAACUCUGAUGUCUCACACAUCAAGAAGGAGAAGAACAAUGAAAAGUCGAGCAAAGCUGAAAAUCAAAAUCAUUUGAAUCUUAUGGAUGACUUUCUGGAGAUGGAGAAGUUGGCUUGCUUGCCUAAUGACUCAAAUGGAGAUCUCUCUGUUUCAGAUAGUCCAAACAAUAAGACAUCUGAAAUAGAGACCAAUGACACAUCAGGAGAAGUCACUGCCGCAAAAGAUAUACAAUCUGAGCAGCAGCAUGAUUCAAGUCCACUGGCAAAGCAUCAAGCAUCUUCCAAUGGGAACCUGACAGUGCUCAGUCCUGGAGCUAAUGAAAACAAGCUGCCUCUGGUGAAGCUCCGAUCAAGAAUCUCGGUGCUGUUAGAGUUAUUAUCCAAGGACACUGAUUUUGGUAAAGUUAUUGAGGAUAUCAAGCAUGUGGUUCAGGAAGCACAAGAUACUCUGUACCCUCACACUGUAAACUGUGUUUCUGAAGAAAUUCACAGCUCUGAUGCCAUAUGUGAUAGGCAGGCACACCCUGAGGGCUCUGUUCUAACUACAGAAAAGGAAAUCACAGCCAAAGAGACCAUGACUGCAAUAACUGAAGAACUGGCAUCUGCCAUAUCCUUGAUCCAUGACUUUGUGCUGCUCUUAGGAAAAAAAAUGGUGGGAGUGCAUGACACAUUUCCUGAUGGCAAUGAAUUAAGUCAGAAGAUUGAAGAAUUUUCUGGCACAUAUAGUAAAGUUAUUCAUGGGAACUUGAGUUUGGUUGAUUUGGUUCUUGACCUUUCUCAUGUGUUAGCAAAUGCCAGUGAACUCAAGUUUAAUGUUAUAGGUUUCCAGGGUGUUGAAGCAGGAAGGAAUAGUCCUGAUUGUAUUGACAAGGUAGCCUUACCAGAGAAUAAGGUAGUUGAGAAGGAUUCAUCAGAAAGAUAUCAAAAUCAUUGUGCCGACAUUUCUAAUCAUUCUAACCCUGAAGUUCCUGAUGAUGGAAAUCUAGUCUCCAGCUUUGGGUCAAAUGCCACCCCAUGCAAAAUCUCAGUGGAGGAGUUUGAGCAAUUGAAAUCAGAGAAAGAUAACCUGUCUAUAGAUUUGGCAAGAUGCGCGGAAAAUCUGGAGAUGACUACGUCCAAGUUACAGGAAACCGAGCAGCUUCUUGCAGAAGCUAAAACACAAUUUGCUUCUGCUCAAAAUUCAAACAGCUUAAAUGAGACGCAGCUGAAAUGUAUGGCAGAAUCAUACAGGUCACUGGAAUCACGAGCCCAUGAGUUAGAAACUGAACUGAAGCUACUACAAGUCAGAACUGAAACUCUGGAAACGGAGCUGCAAGAAGAACAGAGGAAUCAUCAAGAUGCUUUGGCUAGAUGCACAGAACUUCAAGAAGAGUUGAAAAGGCAGGAGACCUUAGCAGCCGAGACAGCAGCCGAGACGGAAUUCAAGACCAAACAGGACAUGGAAUUGGCGGAUGCAGCAGAGAAGCUUGCCGAGUGUCAAGAAACCAUAUUUCUUCUCGGCAAGCAGUUGAAAUCUUUGCAUCCUCAACCAGAGACCAUGGGAUCUCCAUACAGUGAGAGGAGUCAAAAGUUUGAAGGGUUCACUGAGGAUGAACCCACCACUACCAAAGCCAUGAAUUUGCAUGACUCGGAUCAAGCUGAGAUUGAAGGUGCUGCUUCUCCCAAUGUUCUUAGAGCGGGUGGCGAGUCACCCAUCUAUCUGUACAAUGCCCCAUGCAGCCCAUCUGAUACAGAUGGGAACAAUCUCUUGAAAUCUCCUGGCAAUGCCAAAACCUCAAAACACAGGCCCACAAAGUCGAGUUCCUCAUCUGGCGGCUCUUCUAACCCAACACCGGAGAAACAUCCACGCGGAUUCAGCAGGUUUUUCUCCUCCAAAGGAAAGAAUGGUUACUAGGCUUGCAGCUCGAGAGCCUGGAUCAAUGUGAAAGACUGGUGAAAGUAAUAAUUAGAAGAAGCACCAAAGAUGGAGACCUCCUUCAUUCGUGUUAUAGACAUCAUUUCUGGGAAUUCCCAGGUGUGAAGAAGCUUUAAUAUGAGGGGGAUGGAUACUUGUGGAGAAGGUUAGGUGGUAAUUUUGUAACUAGUGGCUGUAUAUGAUAUCCAUAUCUGUUAAUUUGUUAUUCUCUUCUGUAUUUUGUUCAAUUGAGAACGAUGGCAUAGUUUAUGAAGUGUUUCGAAACAGCUUGAAUACAAUGUGUGUCACCGUUUUUUUAUAAAUGAACGUUUCCUUCUUCU